AUGAAUGGGGUGAGUGAUGAUGCAAUAAGUUUGAGGCUAUUCCCAUUUUCACUAAGGGAUAGGCGAAGAGCUGAUGCGGCGGCGGGAGGUGCUUUUAUGAGUAAGAGUGCUAAUGAGGUGUAUGAGCUAUUAGAGGUGAUGGCGAUGAAUAAUUAUCAGUGGCCAACUAAAAGGGGACAACCAAAGAAGGUCGCUAGAAUGAUGGAAUUUGACGUUAUAUCCAUGCUUACAACUCAAGUAGCAGCCUUGACAAAGCAACUACAAAACACUACACUCCCAUCUCAAGCUAUGCAAGUUCAAAACCUAUGUGAAUUGUGUGGUACAACCCAUCCAUCCAACCAAUUCCCUGCUCUAGAUAUGAAUAACAUGCCCAUGGAAGAAGUACAAGCUAUAGGGAAUUACCAAAGACAACCCAAUAAUCCCAAUUCCAUGUCCUACAACCCAGGUUGGAAGAACCAUCCAAAUUUUUCCUGGUCCAAUAACCUAAACACUCUACAACCUUACCCUCCACCUCAGCCACAAUAUCAACCUCCACAAAAUAGACCACCACAUCAACAGCAACAUGCACAACUUCACCCUCCACCUGGAUAUUAUCAACCACAAAAUAGACCACCUCACCCAAUGCCAAUAACACCAGUUGAACCUCAACCUGAUUGUCAAGCUAUUACUUUGAGGAAUGGAACAAGGUAUGAAAGGCCAAAUAAGAAUCAGUCAAAAGAAGAAGGUCAGAAGGGAAAUACACAAGGCAUAGACAAAGAGAAGUCUAAUGACGAAAAGGUUACUGAAGACCUUAAGAAGGAAGAGGAGGUACCACCUGUGACUAUUGAGCAUCAUGUUAGAAUUCCAUAUCCACAAAGGUUGCACAAGCAUAAUUUGGAUAAGCAGUUUGCAAAGUUUUUAGAGGUGUUCAAGAAGCUACAUAUAAAUAUACCAUUCGUAGAAGCGUUAGAAUAG